AAAGAGGAGAAGGAAGCAUUAGCAAUGAUAAAUCGAAUAGAUAGUAAAGGUAGAGAAAUAAAGAUUCAAUAUCACGACUUUGACCUUUCUGAAGAUGACAAAAGACAAAUAAGGAUUAAACUACAAGAAUUUAUUCCGAUGUACAAAAAAGUUGACGAAAUAUUGCCAUACAUUUGGCAUUAUACAAGAUCAUGUCAAGGAACAUAUCGCCUAUUAAGUAUGAAAUACAUGGUAGAAGAUCAAUUAAACGCACUACCCUCUGGAAAAUAUCUAGUUAAACCGGAUCUUUCGUAG